CCAGAAGUACCCCGAGUCUGAAUCCAAGAUGGUGUCUCUUAAACCGCUCUUGCUAUCUUUGGCCCUGUUUUACUUCCUGGAUGGCGCUCUGGCAGUUACGUGCGAUGUGGCACCGACAAAUCCCACGUGCAUCAAUUGCUUUUCCAGCCCCACGCACCCCGAGUGCCUCGUCAGAUUUUUGACGCCAACAACAGCCUCUCCGCUUCAUGUGGCCACCACUCGCAGAUCCCGAAUUCGAAGGAUUCGAAGCUACUUCGGCAACAUCUUCAGGCGCUUCCAAAACAAAAGUUGGUUUUAAAUAAAAGUUCCAAGCACAAUUCCAA